UUUUUUUUUGUUUGUGGAAUUUGCAAAUUAAUCGGUGAUUGGCAUAAAUUAAUAAACACUUUUAUAAAAUCAAAUAUUGCAUCCAAAAACAAAUAAAUUCUAGAAAAACGAGACCUAUUUAGCUAUCGUUUAUUUAUUGACGAUUAUUGAGAAAAUAAAAAAAAAAAAAAAAACAAUUAUAAUUUCGGGAAUUGAACCCCAGACACCCGAGUAAGAGGCAACUACUAAAUCACCUAGACUAAUACGACUUCUAGGGAUACGAAAACUUUUAUUUAUAUAAACUAUUUAGGAAAUAUUGAAUCAGAAUUGACUUAAAAUAGCUAUAAAGAUUCUCAAACUGUUAAACGAUUAUCAUCGAUUCGAUUAUCGUUUUCAAAGUUACGGAAUGACCCCCCAGUUGUAUAAAGUUAUACAAAGUUUAUAAAUAAGGGGGAUAGUGUUUUAUAAAUUUAUUCUGCUGAACAAAAAAGUAGUGUACAAGUUUGCCAGAAAACUCAUAGAUUUUAUGCUAUUUAGGAAAACCUGCACCAGGUAAAAUCUUUAAAAAAUGUGAUUUUUUGCUUUAGUCAAAAAUGGGUAAGAAUUCAAAAUUUAUUUUUGUAGUUAAAAUUUAUUUUUAUGUAAGACCUAGUUACCAAAAUUGUUUAAAGUGUGCUUCUUAAUUUUGUAUGCUUGAUGGAGCUCGUUUUUUGGAUUUUAUUGCUAAUAUUAAUUGAUGGAGGUCCUGCAAUAUGAUUUACCAAAUCCCAUCCAGGAUAUUUAACUGUUUCAACUAGCUGCUUCGUUCAUAUUAUGAACACGAUGACGCUCCAGCCCACUAAGGACACGAAUUUUAAAAUUUGCUGAUGAAGAGUACGGUAAAAUCAUUGGAUGGGAAGAUAUUGUUCAAUGAGUUGCAAGAUUUACAAACUGCAAAGUAUUGGCUUUUUUUAUGAAUAAGAGUGAAAAACGUUACUUAUUUGACAAUCAUAGCAUUUUUUGUAGAACAAGAAGAAUGUAUUCUCGAACCAACAAUUGAAAAAGAGCAAAAGAGCAGUACUUAAUAUUAAUAUUAAGGGCUGUAACUUUUACAGUACAUUUAUUUUUGUCAUUUCCAAUAAUAUUUUCGAUAUACACUGCCGCUCAUCUGAAUAGGUUCACAUUUUAGUUCAUCUUACUCUUAGCCUGUCUUGGUAUUUAAUGCAAUGGCACAUCUUUUUUAUAUAUGUAACGAGAGAACAUCUUUAUGCGCUUAGUUUAGGAGAAAAAAAUUGUCUUGGGGCCUACCGUCCUUCUCACACGGUACCUAGACCAAAUCUAGUAAAAAAAUCAAGCAUAUUUUUUGGCUCAUCUGAAUAGGUUCAAAAGCAAAAAAUAUUUAUAAAUGAUGAGUUGCAUGGGUCUGUUGGACUCAAAAUUGUGUCUGUAAAUAAAUCUGAUUGUGUAUAACCUGUAAGGAUGAAAACGGGUCGUGAAAAAAUCUUUAGGCGCGAAAAAAAUGGGGAAAAUAAAAGAAGUCUUUGAAUCAGCCCGAAACCAACGAUGCAUUGGGACAUAAACAAACGCAAGUUAAAAUUUAGUAAGCAGUUAUUUGCGCAAUAUCCAAGGGUAUAAAAACAACAUUAAAAGUCGAUGCAACUCAGUCACAACAUGGCCCGAUAGAUGUGCAAUGAUCAGAACAGCAUGACUUUGCGCUAAAAAUUAAGCCGAAAACCGGUAUAAAAUGCAGUUUAACGACAUUUGAGAAGAACAAAUCUUCGCAAAAAUUACCACUUUACAAACCACGAAAAGAAUGCUUUUGCUGUCUCUUUCGCUAGUGGACACAGAAAUAGCACACAUUUGUUUAACCGUUAAAUUUUUAACCGCGUUCAAAAGUUGUAAACGAAAAUGCAUUUAUUUUAUUGCUACUAUUUAAUUAACAAGUAUUUUUGAAAAAAAUUGGCAGAUAAAAUCAUUAGACUGCGAAAAAAGGGAGAAUUGCUUUCGAUCUUCAUAGUGAAGGGAAAAAUCCUUCUUAAUUAGCUUAAACUCUAAGUUUUUCGAAAAAAUGAUAAAUAAAACCAUUUAUUUAGAAAGAGCAAACAGAAAUUUAAACUCUGAAAUUAAAUUGCGUUAACUGCUUCCCUGCAAAACUUCCAAACGAGUGGAUAGAGCGAUCACAAAGAAACGCAUAUGUGGGCCUUUUAAGUAAUAUAGUAUUCGGUGAAAAAAGUGCCAAGCAGACUUUUAAGAAGGAAACUUAAUGAUGCUGAGUUAUACAGACAGCCUUUUCAGAUCAAACAAGAUUCAAAGGGAAACAUAACUUAGCGGAAAUACAUUCAUAGUCACUAAAUUUAUCUUUUAAGACAAAACAUGAAACUGUCACCCAAACAAGCAAAGUUAUUAUUCCGCCAUGCGCAAAGACGUUUCAAAGUUACAAAUGAUUUUAUUGAUCGUAACAUGACCGCCAUGAUGAAGUUCGUACAAUACGCUAUCACACCUCGAAUAGUGUUAAAAAGAAAAUUAAUUCGUAAACGCAAUCGGGUUUUUCUUCGUCACAACUACCUUCGAAAACUCAUAUUUGACCCUACAAAACUAAAGAAAAGACGGCAUGACAAACGUCUGCAUUCACAGUGGUCUAAGCGCUUGGUACUGCAUUUAAGGCGUCAUUCUCUUAUUGAAUAUGUGGAAGAAGAAGAAACUACAAAAGAAGAAAUGAAUAAAAAAGAUGUAAGCAAACAGUUAAAAGAACAGCUAGAGCUUCUCAAAAGUGGAAAACGAAUUGUUCCAUUGUUGGAAGACCCCCAUAAUUCCAAACCAACAUACACAAUUAAAAAUUCUAUAAGACUUUCUUCAAUAGAUAUCAUUCGCAAAGAUGAGGAUACAGUAAGAAUUACAACGUUAGAUGAGAAUGAUUUAGAAGAAAAUCAUCUUAACCCAAUAGUACCAUUAUUAUCGGCAGUGCAUAUAACAGAUGAAGAAUUCAAAGCUUCUGCCGACAUCACUGAUAUACAAAAUAAUAGAAGUUUCCUUGAUAUGUUGAUCUCAAAGGUUAAACACAAGACCUGUGAGGGUGGUGAAACUGAAACUUCGUUAUCUUUGGAAAAAUCAAUGGUACCCCCUAAUAUGUGUAAUAAUAAAGCGUAUGAAAAAGAGGGCACUGAAACUGAGGAACGUGAAAAUUCAAAUAGUUCUAGUGAUUUUUUUGGAUUUGAAGACAAUGAGCGCAUGCUUGUAAAUUUUCCCGGAAUGUUAUCAACACCACUUGUGCGUCACCGAGAUUCUAAUGCAGCAUUUGUGAGUGAGACUCUUAAUGCUUACAUGCGGGAUAAUUCGCUUGGAAAUUCAGUAUCUAUUAACUAUAUACAACGACGCCCAGAAGAUGGAAAGGUUCUUUCAAAUUCAGUUCCUCCAAAAUUGGAUUUUCCUGCCCUUCCAGAUGGUCUUCAAGGCUUGCGUACCGUUGCUGAAAGACGUUCCUUUCUACAAAGAACUAAAAAUAUGAAAUAUUGCAUUAUAAACAACGUUGCAACGGUUUUCCGAGAGCUGCAAAAAAGAACCAAAGGACAUCGGAUUUAUAAACAAGCUAUUGAAUCUGUGAUGACUUCUACUUCAGUCCCCAUGACCCGACAGGGAUGGAAAGCUGCGGCUUGGCUUCUUACCGAUAUUGGAAAUUAUUGUUGUCAAACAAUUGCCGUAAAUGGUAAAAAUUUCCGUUUGUGCGGGGGUUUGGGAAAUUUUCGAACCAAAUACAGAAAACCACAUUCAAAUUUUUGCGACAAAAUAAUUUCAGUUUGUCCCAAGAACUGUAUCGAUCGAACUACUUUCCGUUCGUUUAGACCAAUAAGAACUCCAGAAAAACGUUCGAAACUCAAUGAUUCAUCGAAAAAAGUACUUCACAAGCCUUGUCCGCUUUCUCAAAAAAUUUUAAAACACCCACGUGAUGAGGAAUCAGUUUUCGAUAGUUUAAGUAUUGUACGUAUGCCUGAAGUCGAACUUGAAGUAUUUCCACAGCUUCAUAAGCCUCUUUCUGAAGUAGCAAAAAAAUAUCUGCAACUAAUUCUGCCCUAUAAAGAGAUUUCGCGGAAAUGGGCUGAAUUCUCCGUGUCUACACUUAUUGAAAGUCGAAAUAUUGAUUUUGCAGCAAACCCACAAAAAUCAUUUACAUUCAAACUACCUUUCGCAAAUGAUCGCAAUCACUUGAUAAUCCGUCGAAUAUACAAUCGUUCCGAAGAGUUCGAUAGCCAAUUCGAUAGCUCCAGUUUUUUAUUUCGAAAGGAAGUAGAUCAGAACAAUGUAAACGGAAAACCACCUGAUUUUUUGACUAUUGAAUGUGCCGACAUAUUGACUGAUAUGCUCAAUAGCGUAGCCAUAGCUUGCAGUGAAAAUUUAUUUAUAAAAGAUGAUCCUGAUAACAUUGAUCAGUACAAAAUUGAAGAUAUGGUGGAAGAAAAAUCAGCAACGAAGACAGAUCAACAUCAACAGCAGACGGGAAUGUCAAAUAAAAAACAAAGCCGAUUGCUGAUGGAACUUAAACGUCUUAACGCUACAGUUAUUGAUGCAGCCACAUCCAAAGCGGAAGAAGACGGAACUAUUUGUGCUAAAGAAUGUUGUAAGCUUGGUUGUGUCUGUGCGAGUCUAAGUGAAAGAACUACUGUAAGACAACAUUGUGGAAAACAAAAAUGUGUUUUAGAAUGUAAAUGCAAAUGCCAAAGUAUAGUUCGCUUGGAAACUGAUGGUCGAACAAUAACUACAGAAGACGCUUUCAUGCUAAGGAAACAAGCUACGGCUAGACUAGCUCGUGUGGAGAAAGAAUUUACAUCAACUGUUGUUUUAACUGGAAGUGAAACUCUCCUAAUAAAUGAAUCCCAAUACGAUAAAAAACGUCGUUGUACUAAAAUACCUAAGCGGUACGGUGAUUUCGUUGAUCACGAUGAUCCUGAUAUCGUCGAUUUUAAAUCAUCUGGCAAAAGAACAGAAAUCAUUUCCACAUCAAAUGUCCUACUAGAACCAGUGUUAGUCAACGAUAAAAUUUAUAAUCGCUUAAAACAUAGCUCCGUUAAAUUAAAAAGAUUGCAUGACAUCAAAGACUUAGCUCCUUGGUGCAUGGUUCAUAUGUUAUACAAAUGCUUCUGCAAAGGCCAAUCCACAUUUGGGAACCCAAUUAUUAUAGAAAAACAAGAAGAGAUUGCAGAAGUAACCUCAAUUGAGGAAUCUGUUUUGAAAGAUCGUACAUUGUACUCAUUUGAAAAGGAAGAACGUAAAAGAGAUAUAGACACAUACACAAGUGAUGAAAGUGAGAACUCGGAAACGAGCGAAGCCAGUGAAACAGUUUCUGAUUUUAAUUUUGGAACUGAGGAAAAAAAUAAAAAUGAAAGACGAGGUCGAAUAUCAGACAACCAUUACAUCGAAGUGUAUAUGAACGCUAAAGCUAGUCACUGUCGUCGUGUUGUUCCUAUUCCUAAGAAUAUCUAUAAAAGGAGGAAUAAAAAGCGAAUAGCCCAUAUACAACUGUACAUUGCUGAGAAUGAGAGCGACGAAACAAGAUUGAGUCUAAAUGAACAUAUUCUAAGGUCUGUUUAUUAUCACAAAGAUAUCAAUGCAAUUGACCAAAAAACUGUACCAGAAUUAAAAAUAGAGGGCACAGAAAGAAGUCAAGACAUCAAUAAAAAAAGUAGAGCCCGAAGAAGAAAAGAUACAAAACCUAAUGUUACUCAUCAAGCUGAAAAUGAAUCGUCAAUUCCAAUGAAGAAGCGUAGAGUGAGCAUCGGACAAUCUGAGGAAAGAUCAUCACUUUUGCUUGUGAAUCACUAUAAGGGUUCGUUAAAGCAAGAAGAUCCUUGUUUAAAAAACUCAACACCAUUAAAAUCUCCAAAAGAAGUUCUAACUACCACUUCUCCAAAGUUUAUCCAAGCACCUCUUGAACAAAUUACAGUUCCAAAAAUUACACAAAUAUUUUCACUGAAUACAGGAAAUGUCGAAUCACCAGUGCCGGUUCCUCAGCCUGAGGAAGGUUCAUCCAUUGACAUUGCUCAAGCGCCAUCAGAUGAUAUGGCAUUAACGCAUGGUGUAAGCUCAGAUGCAUUCAAAAAUGUUUUUAAACAGGUCAUCAAAAAUAUGAAUAAUUUGGUGAGCAAGAAAAUGCAAGACAUUGAUAUGGCAUUGCGGAGAGAAAGCAAAGCUAUUCCAGCACCGAAUGCUGAAAUAUUAUGCAUUAUUCGAUGGAAUAAUUUCUUAGAGGCAUAUCUAGAAGGUUUCGUUUAUUUGUGGGAAGUACAAACUGCUAGUUUAACAUUUAUAGCUGCAACUAUAAAACCAAUUAUGCCAUUAGUAAUGAAUGCGCUGAGUGUUGUUAAUAUUCAAACUAUACCAAAAAAUAAACUACCACUUUUAGGAAAGAUGCUAAAUGAGAAAAAACGCAGUGCGAAUUCAGAAGGUCUGGCUGUGGUCAUGCAAGGUCAAAAGAUGUAUUGGAUUGUGAAGGGUUUCCUUCGCCCUGAUAAAACACGAAUUUGUCCAAAACCAACCCCCGAAACUCAUCCACUGCUUACACGAAAAAUUAAUGUAUUGUGUCGACUUUUAAUCAACAAUCAAUUUAAUGAACAUAAAAAACGUCAAGAUGCUCUUCAAUUAUGUGCUUUAUCAAAUUCUUCACCAAAUUCAGCUAAUUCUGCCAACAAUAUAACAGAUCCACCGAUAGACAAUACUGUUUCGAUGCAUAGUGAUUCAAAUACUUCUUUCCAACCAAAAACUCCGAGUUCUCCUUUUUGCCAUCCAGCCCAUCCGGCUCACCCAGAUCAAAAUACUAUCAGUUUGAAGCUCAAAGUUUUACCAAUGCAACGAAACAUCUCCGAUCAAGCAACAACCAUAUUGGAACAAAUGGUGUCACAAGCAUAUGGUUUUGUGCGAACCAACAUAUCAUUUCGAAAAAUACUUAGCAGCGAACUUUUUGAGAUUUUUCCACCCGCAAAACUGAACUCUAAUCACCAUUGGCUUGUGUUAGAUAUUAGUAAUGACUUUUCACAUAUAUUUAUACCGGAACUAAAAGACCUUCUCACAUUGGAUCGCAUUCAAAAAGUAAUGGCAUAUGCUCUUGCCAAAAACCGAAUUGUAAAAAUGCAAUUUAGUCAAAAAUCUUUAUUCAAUGCUUAUGUAACACCAAAAUCAAGAAGAAAACUUUACUUUGGACCAUAUCGACAGAGUGUGACCGCACCCAAGCUUGUUCUACUCCAGAGUGUUGAUGGACAGAUGAUGCUAAGAGAGGUAUAUGAAUCUAGACAUCAUAUAAUUCCUAAAUCAUUUAGCACAACAGCAUUUUGGGUUGUACAAAAAUGUGGAAAGAUAUUUCUUGACGUUGAGGAAGACCAGCUUGUCCAAGUUCAAGUUAAUGAACCCUAUUUAAAAGAUGCCAAUGACCAUAGUUUUUCAAAUAAUAGUAAUAUCCAGAAAAUUUGUAGGGACGGAGUUAAACUAAUAGAAGAACAUUUAACUGAAUUAAACCCUCCAUUUCAACAAAGUAUUCAAGUGCAACAGGAACCCCAAAUUCUAGAAAGCGAACAAGAUCUCCAAUACAGUAAAGUACAACAAGACUCUCAAAUUGAGCAAAGCAGUAAAGAUCAUCCUACCGUGGUGCUUUCAAACGUUGUUACAUCAACAAAUUUAGAAACUCAGCAAAAUCUAAUUGAUGAUGUUCAAACAUUUGCAGAUACAGAAAAUAAAAACUCUAAAACGUUAAAUAACACAAAUUAUUUGGAUGAUGACGAUGAUGAUUGCGUGAUCGUCGACAAUAAGGCGUCUGCACCAUUAAUAGUCGCUCCUCCUGUUCCUUCUGCUCCAAAUGUUCUUGGAGGAAAACCGGAAUCGAAUCCAGUUUCUUCUAUUGAUUUUCCAAAAACUAAUUCAAACAAAAUAAAUUACACCAUAUCUUAUGGUGGAGAAAACUCAUCUCUAAUGGUGAUUCAAAACGAAUGCGAUCGGGAUCCCAUUGUUAUGUCUGAUGCAGUUAGCAAUUCUUUUACUAUAUUAUCAACUGAUUCGCAGCCUUCUAUAAUUGAAUUACCCGAAAACCAAAAUCUUAAUUUACAGAAAAAAGUACAACAACCAUUGCCAAUUAAUACUAUAUUUGAUUUAUCCUCGGAAGAUUACAUACCUAUGAAUUUAAAAGCAACUAACGAUGUUAACCCUGAUGAAGUAAUUCUUAAAAUUCCAAAGAAUGAUGCUAAUACUGUAUUGUCUGUAUCGCCUGAUCAUCUGGGCUCAAUUUCGUCAAGUCCAAAUAACAAUAAACCAAAUGAUUCCUCAACUUUCAAACAAAAUAAUUUUAUUUUACAUACUGAAAGAGAGAAAGGAACCACCGAAAUCUGUUCAAAUAUUACGAAAAUCAAUGAAGUUUCAAUGAAAUUGAAUAAAAAUAUAACAAUUACAAAGUUAACACCAGACGUUGAGCAAAACCCAUCCGAACCUUUGACUUAUUUAAGAAAAUCUUUACCUAUAGGUUUUCAAAAACCUGCUCCAAUAACGCUAAGUUCCGGUUCAAGAUUUGUCACACCUUUACAGAAGCAAAACACGACGAUUCCAAGUGCAUCUCAAAUGGAUCAAAGUCGAAAAAAAACAAUUGUUCCACAAAACGCAUCACAAGCCUUGCGGCUGCAAAAAACUCCUGCAACAUUUCGUCAAAUAGAACAGCGACAUAUAGUUGAUCAAAUUUUGGGUAAUAACCAGCAAACUUUGGUACGUGGAAAGGGUGGAUUAGUAGUGCGAACUCCAUCAACACUAAAUACUAUCAUAUCAGCAGGAAACUCUCCUUUGAUAACGCCAGAACUGAAUUCUGUUAGUUCAGGAGCACGAUUACGAGCACCUGCUACAAUACGUCAAAUUGUACGAAUGCCUGCGCGUGUGUCCUUAAAUAACCAUCCAAGUACCACUUCACCGCAUCAAAUAUUAAGACAAAAUUUGCCAGACUCUCUGCAGUCCCAACAAAAAAAGAUUUUUAAGCGAGGGCCAAACCAAAUACCAACGAAACAAAUUUUAACUAGUGUAAAAUCCUCAUCAACAGAUAUUUCUCUACAACCCCAAUAUGACCCUUUACACAUAUCAGAUAGAUCCACAAAGAUUGCUACCAAUAUUAUAGCACAAUCAAAGGUUCUUAAUGGCAUAAAGACUGUUCUUGAUACUGCGAAGCAAAAUACAACUCAAGGACAUACUGUAUCGUCAUCCACUGGUGCAGUCGGAAUAAAAAGCACGGGAACACCUGUAUCUCGGGCACAGUUUAGAGUACAACCAAUUCAAAAAAUGCCUGCGGAAAUUGUUUCAUCUACCAUUAGAAGAGACUCGUCCGCAGAUAAAAAGACUUCACAAGUUAAAGGCAUACCUAUUGACCUACCACGUCUUAAGAAAUUCGCUAUUGUAAGUUCCCCAACACAAAACACAACGAUCAUUACACCACCGCAAGCUGAGACAAAUUAUAACAACGAUGCAGGAGCCAGCAGAUCCUGUUCAAUAAGAAACCCUAAUGCAUUUGGCAGAGACAUUCCUGAAAAAGUAAUGUCUUCAGGUAUUAACACGAAUUUCAACCUUCAAGCAACUGAUAAAGGAACUAUGUCUUUAACUGCAACAAAAGCAAGUUCAGCUGGUUCAUCAAAUGCAAGUGCAGAAUAUGGAUAUUUUCAUGCUAAUAUAGAAGGUUUGCCGAAGUUUGUAGUGAAACGUGUUGGUGAGGAUUUUUUGAUCAAAGUUCCAAACUUCAAUGGAAUACUAAAAUUGGCUGGAUUAUCAACAGUUUACAAUUAUUUGAACCAGUAUACUACCCAAAAAUGCGGAAAAACUAACGAAGAGAUUGCAAAUUUGAAAUGGACUUUUAAAAUCCAGGAUCGUUCAAAACUAAAUAUUAUUAAUAAAUCAAAUUCGUUAAACCUUAAUCUUAAACCUGGAAACAACAACCUUAAUAUGCAAAAUCAGAUUUUUGAACUUAAAAAGAGUUCAAACGGAAACACUACAUCAUCGUCUACAUCUCCUGCCCCAAUAACAAAAAAAAUGAAAUUACAUAAUGCUUCAACGAACGGAUUAGAAUUUGAAGAUUCCAUAGAUUUAUCAGAUAAUGUAUAGAAUAAGUCUAUAUGUUGUAUAAGCUCACAGUGAAAAUAUUUUGUUUACCUUGUUUAUAAGACUUAUAUACUUAAAAAAAAAUUUCGUUAUUAAUAAUUCUUCUGCUACUAAUGUUUGUAUUAAGCACACCAUUUAAUAUGAAGUCAAUGUUUUUCCCAAAAAAAAAAACUGGUGCCUUAAAUGCAGAAAUAUUCUUGAAAAUUCACAUAAUUAUACUAAAUUGUUUGUACUUUCCAAUAAAACAAAACUUUGUAUGGUUAAUAAUAAAAUAGUUUAUAGUUUAUAAAACCAAAUUCUUCUCUUAAAAACAGAAAUAUUUAAAACAUUCAACUUUACUUUAUGUAAUGUUUAAUAAUAAUUAUACAAUUUAACCUCAUAAACUUAUUCUGUAUAAGUUCCAGGCUACACGGUGAUUUUUCAAUCGCCUAACCAGUCAGGUUGUAGAAAAGAGGGUUGAGGAUUCUUCUUUUUAUUUUUUACGCUUGUUCCUAGAAAAUGUAAAUUGGAAAGUGAUUUGGCACAGCACUGUGUAGCCAGGCCCUUAGAUAUAUAAAAUAAAAUUGUAUUUACAUUUGAUGACUGUAGAUAUGAACUAUAAAUUUUAAAUGGAAAAUUAAGUAUACAAUCAUUAAGGCGAAUUAAUGUGUGAUAAAAUAAUCAAAUGUAAGAAAGAACAUACUAUAACUAUAUAAUAAGUCACAUUUUCAUUAAAACUUUAA